CUGUAAUCAUCCAACGGCCCAGACAUUCUCGUUCCCGCUCUAUAUAAGAUUUCUGAAUCCCUCCGACCUCUUCCCUCUGCGCCGCGAAUCUCUCUGCUAGGGUUUUUCAGGGUGCGACAGCUCUCCAGAAUUCCGGCAAAAUGGUUCUUCAGAACGAUGUCGAUCUGCUGAACCCUCCGGCAGAGCUCGAGAAGAGGAAGCACAAGCUCAAGCGUCUCGUCCAAUCGCCUAAUUCGUUCUUCAUGGAUGUUAAGUGCCAGGGGUGCUUUAACAUAACAACCGUUUUUAGCCACUCUCAGACUGUGGUGGUGUGUGGUAACUGUCAGACAGUCCUUUGCCAGCCGACUGGUGGUCGUGCGAGGCUCACUGAGGGCUGCUCGUUCAGGAGAAAGGGUGACUAAAAGCUUCUCGGAAAAGUUUCAGUUCUCUGCUAUGGAUGGAAGAGUUUUAGAAAUUUUGUUGCGAGGAUGGAAUUGAAGCAUUGUUUGCUUUGCUUUUAGCGUUUUGAGUAUCAAAAAUUUUGCUGGAACUGCCAAUAUUAAGUGACAUUGCCAUGUCUGGCAAAUUCUAGUGCUUAUUGAUGUGUUGGAUUUGCCAUUUCACUUCUAAAGGAUAUACGAAGCUGUGGUUUAUGUCGCAUUUGGGAACUGGUGUUCGUCGUUUUUACUGAUCAUAGUAAAGAGCGGGCAUUUCUCGUACCCUUUUUUAGGA